UGGCAUCGUGCUCCAUUAUGCUUCUUUGUCUACAAUGCUGUGGCUGACGUUUACAGCUAGAAACAUCUGUAAAGAUGUGUCCAAAGACCCACUUCGGACCCAGGACAGGAAUGGGCCAGCCCAGACUCGCACCAAACCAACAGUCCUCAGAUUUUAUCUCGUCAGUGAUGGAAUUCCACUCAUAAUUGUUGGAAUUACAGCAGCCUUUGGUAUGGAUAACUAUGGCAGCAGGGAUGACGCAUUGUAUUGCUGGAUGGCAUGGGAACCAAGCCUGGGUGGUUUCUAUGCCCCCAUUAGUCUUCUGGUCUUAGUCAUGUCCGUGUACUUCUUGUGCACCUACAUCCAGCUUAAACGCCACCCGGAGAGGAAGUACGAGCUGCGAGUUCUGAGUGAGGAGCAGCAGCAGUUAUCAUCCAGUGAGUCAAACCAUCACUGCCACACUGACACUGGGGGAGCUUCUGGGCCUGCUGGGGACUGUCCACCAUUUGCAACAGGCUUGUCAGUUCUAGCCAAUGAGCACUCAUUUAAAUCUCAGCUCCGGGCCACAGCCUUCACCCUCUUUCUGUUCCUGUCUACCUGGGCUUUAGGAGCCUUGGCGGUAUCACUAGGACAUUUCCUGGAUAUGAUAUUUAGCUGCCUGUAUGGGGCUUUUUGUGUCACUCUAGGACUCUUCCUUCUCAUUCAGCACUGUGCCAAACGUGAUGAUGUAUGGCACCGCUGGUGGGCUUGUUGCCCGUCCAAGUCCAAGACAGAGGGCGGGAAUGGGGAUGGACAGAGCCAGAGGCAGGAGCUCCAUCAACCACACUGCCACUUAAGCUCCCCAUGCUCAGGCAAGCAGCCGCUGCUCUCUCCUCACCUUGUGCAGAGUUCUUACCACAAAAUGAUACCACCUCCCCAGAGCCCUACACCAAAUAACACAGGUCCAUGCUGCGUGGCAGUGAUGGGACCUGUUAGCCCAACCCCAAUCUCACCUCUCGCUGAGCCAGUCCCAUCACCACGUCCACAGUCACUUUCUGAGGAGCUCUCUCGUCCCGCUCUGCCUCUACAGAGCUGCCUUAAUAACAGAACAAAGUCGCGCUCCUUCAACCGUCCACGCCCAUGCCUUCAGGACUACCGUUCUCACAUGACUUCCACCAGUAUGGAUGGGAGUGUACACAGCUCCCACCUGGACAGCCCCCAUGCUGCGCACCACCUUGAAGGUUCAUCUCUGGUUUGCAACAGCCCCCACCCAGACCUCCAGCUUCCCUGCCCUAGUCCUCACUUGGAUAAGCAGCUGGCUUCCUGCCACAGUUUGCAACGCCAGACCUCCUGCCAGAGCGUACACAACAUGCAUGACAGCAUUACUUCCUGUCACAGCCUCCUCCUGCCUUCUCAUGGGGUCCACACCUGCCAGUGGCACAUGUACAGCUCAGCGGAUCAUUCUUCCACUACAAGCUGCUGUGAGAAACCUGAUCCCUUCACCUUACAAUAUCAGCAAGACCCAGACACAUACAGCUGCAUGUCAAAGACAACAGAAAAAGAAAAGGAUAAUCUCUGCGUAGAGGCGGAGCAGCAAGGUUUCCCAAGAAAUACUCUGCCUCGGCAGCACGCCACUGUCAGCCGGCGGGGUACCAUUGGCCGAAAUAGGAGCCUACAGGAAGAUGGCCUGUUUGGUUCAGAUGCCACAGGAAACAUACGAACUGGCCCUUGGAAAAAUGAAACCACCGUAUAG